AUGGGGUUGGACCCUAGCCAGCUGGCCGACUUUGAAAAUCUGAGCCCUGAAGAGCUCCAGAAAGAGGCAGAGAAGCGAAAACAGCAGGUCCAACAACAGUUGGAAGAGUUGGCUAUGGCCAUGGGUGUGGAUGUUGCAGAUCUUCCACAAGAUGGAGAUUUAGGUGCAAUGGCAGCGAAGUUGAAAGAGCUGCAGAAAGACAUGUCUGAUCUGAAAGAUAGGACCCUGGAAAAUGCCAGACGCUGCAAGGAAAUCUGGGAUGAGCUUCGCUUGGGGCCCACCUUACCCCGUGACGCCGCUGCUGAGCACCUCAGUCUGGCGCGCAGCGCGGUGGUGAAUGCCGCCAUGGCGGCGCAGGUACGACGAAGUCUGGAGGCAUGGGAGGCGCAACGUGAGUCCUCAAGGAAGGAGGCAGAGCUUUUGCAUGAGCAGAUCAGAGGCCAUGCGGUGGAUGCUGAUGCUGAGGCCUUUCUGACUGAGCACGCUGGACUGCAUCAGGAGGACCUGGAGAGUUGCCGUGUCAAGCUGCAAGAUCUCAAGGAGGCAUGUCGCGCGGCAGAAAAGCCGUUGCGGCAACACUUGCGGCAGCUCUAUCACAAGACGGGAUGUGACACAAAGGACUUGGAGCAGCUCUUCCGUGCGGUCGAGGACGAGACCACUGCGCGUGCUCGUCGGAUGCAGCUGGAGAACGAGCUGCGGCGCAUGGAGGACUACGCCGAGUCCAUCAGCGUCAUUCUGGGUCAACGGGAGGAGCUCAAGGCCCUGGUUCUGGCAGGCGAAUCCUUUGAGCGCGCGGCUCAAGCCGGAGAAGGACGCUGGGUGGGAAGUUCUAAGCACUUCCUCGAGGAAGAGAAGUUCCGAAAGCGUUUCUUGCGGCAAUAUCCUCAGCUUCGAGAUCAGCUCAUCGAAUCCAUCGAGCACUGGGAAGAGGGCAACUCCAGGACGUUCAGCCACAAGGGCAUCCCUCUUGGAGAUCGACUUCGAAGCCUCCGCGAGCAUGAAGCGGUGCUGGCGUCGGCCAAGGGCGAUUUGUCCAUCAUGGGGAUCUUGUUGCAGGCGCUGGGCAUCGACCAGGACGCGCAAACUGGGCGCCCGCAGCCAUCCAAGGACAAGGGCGGCCUCAAGACCCCGCAAAGCGUGAGCAGCAUCGCCUCGCUGCAGAGUCCCAAGGUGGGCGCCAAGGCGCCCCGGCUUCCUGCACUUGGAAAAUCCAAUUCUGAAUCCGCGCUGAAACCGCGGCGCUCCCCGUCCUUGAAGCGGAAAGCCAUGAAGCGGGAGCAGUGUUGGGACUUGGCCAAGCUUGGGAUUGAAAUUCCGGAGAAGCCUCGGAUCGUUUUAUCCCUUAGUUGGCCAUUGUGGAAUAUGACUGGCACCUAG